CUUUCUGCAAACUGAUCUGACCCCUUUAAGGACUCUGGGAUAGAGCAGAUCUGAGUCUGCAGGUGAUGUUAAUGGACCAAAUCACUGUGAUCGAAUUUGUUGUUGUUUUAAUUACUUUGUGAUUAGUGCUUUUGGAUCCAUGAAACCAUUACAUGUCUGGUUCCAUUUUUGAACUCAACUUCUGUAACUUGGCUGCUUGGAUGGACUGCCCAGCAUGAAGUAGAUUACAUUUUAUUUCUCAAUUGAAGCAUUACCACCGGGUUUAGACCAGACCUGUAACCAUUCUGGAGCUCUUCAGAAUGUUUCCCAUGUCUCUCCUGCUCGCAGCGCUUGGCGUUUUUGCGCAUCUGGAAACUUUUACGCACGGCUGCCAGCUCCCCUCCGAGUGGCGGCCGCUGAGCGAGGGCUGUCGGGCGGAGCUGGCGGAGAUCAUCGUAUACGCCCGGGUCCUGGCGAUCCACCGGGAGCCCAGGGGCGGCGGGGCGGGCAGCCUGUACAACUCGCUGCACUUCGGCUUUGGGGAUGGGUACGAGGGCGCGGAGGAAGGGCUGCUGUACUCCGCGGAGGUGGAGAUGCUGUGCGAUCAGGCCUGGGGCAGUAUGCUGGAGGUGCCCUCUGGAUCCAGGCUCAACCUUACCGGACUGGGAUAUUUGUUGUGCCAGUCCCACACCGUGAUGGAGAAUAACUCCUACUUUUUCUUCCUCAGGAUGGAUGAGAACUACAACAUCCUCCCCCAUGGUGUCAACUUCCAGGACGCCAUCUUCUCAGACACAUCCGACAACAGACGCAUGUUCUCCAGCCUCUUCCAGUUCUCCAACUGCACCCAGGGGAGCCAGCCUUUCCACACCUUCAGCCCUGAGUGGGAAAACCAGGAGGACAGCAGGCUGCUGUGCUCCUCAGUGCAGGCCGCACUCUUCGAGGAGGAGGAGCGAGGCCGCAAGAUGCAGGAGCGCCUGGAAGUGACGGAGAGGAGGAACCGGCAGCUGAAGGAGCGCGUUCGGAAGGUGAAGCGCUCCCUGAGGAACGCCCGCAAGGCGACACGCAAGGCCGAGCAGGAGGCAAAGGAGCUGAAGGAGAAGAUGAAGGGUGCGGUGUGGAGGGUGGGGCAUCACCUCAACUCUAUCACACCGGAGGAGCCUAGACCUGGGCGAUAUGCAAGCACGACGAUACGUGGAGCAUUACUGAUGCUCUGCUGGAUUGUACAAUUGGACACACUAGCCGCUCUGUGCUCGCUCAGGCCGUGAUCACAAACACAAAAUCAAGCUGAGCUGCCUGGUCUCCGAAAAGAGACAGUGUUGAGCUUUCAUAGUUACAGUGACACCCAAGUGAUAUAUUUGGGGUUAUCUUGGUCUGGAUUUGGAAAUACUUAAUAGCAUGAAAUGUUACACAUUGAUGCAGCUUUUUGAAACAUAUCUAAGACAAUUUGCAACACCUGGUGAACCAAUGUUAAGCAACAUUACUUUUGAAUGAUUAAUCAACUUUCCCUGACUGUGAGCAGAAAUGUAUGAAAUUAGGAACAUUCAUUUUUUAUUAUUAAUCUUUUUUCAAGUUUGAAACAUGAGCUUGUAUAUGGAUAUUUUUGUAUGUAUGUUUUUUGGAUAAAUAUUGAACUUGGAUGAA